AUGUCUUCUGAACCGGACGCGCAAGACGUUCCUACGACCGACGCUUCGAUUGAGGGCCCAGGCCACGCCGCGGCCUUGUUGGGCGCAGAUACUGGAAACUCUGAAACUGCAACGCCAUGGUCGCAUACCAUAUUACUCCAUCUUAUUGCAUUCCGUCUGUUGAACGCCCUGACCAUCCGCACGUUCUUCCAGCCUGAUGAGUACUUUCAAUCACUGGAGCCUGCGUGGCAGAUGUCCUUUGGGGUUGGCAGCGGAGCGUGGAUAACAUGGGAAUGGAGAAGCCGGUUACGUUCCUCGAUCCAUCCAGGCCUGUUUGCAGUAGUCUAUCAGGGCUUUUCAUCACCGGCGAAUAUCUGCAACGCUCAGCCUGCUGUUCGGGCGGAACUUCUACUUGCUGCACCCAAAAUCGCGCAAGCUAUUUUGGCGGCCCUAUUGGACUUUGCCAACUGGAAGUUUGCGAGAAGAACGUUCGGCCAGGGGAGCAUCAAUGCAUGGGCAACUCUGGCGUUGACCGUCUGCAGUCCCUGGCAGUGGUUUUGCUCUACUCGUACUUUGUCCAAUUGCCUUGAGACUACCAUCACCGCCACUGCCCUCUACCAUUGGCCGUGGGAAUGCAUAAGUGCCGACCCGCAGAUCUUGUGUUCGACAGCUCGCCUGGGAGCUUACCGACUGACCUCAUCCCGUGUCAGGUUGAGGAUAUCGCUCCUCCUGGCUGCUCUCGCGUGCGUUCUUCGACCGACCAAUCUCCUGAUCUGGCUUUGCAUCUCCAUCCCACUACUCUGGUCUAGUCGACCCCUCUCGCGUCGGCUUCUCAUCCGAGAAGCUCUUCUUUGCGGGACUUAUGUCCUUGCAUUUUCUGCGCUGUGCGAUCGGCUCUACUACCACACGUGGACCCUUCCCCAACUCCAGUUUUUGCAUUUCAACCUCGCUCAAGACCUUGCAGUUUUCUAUGGCCGGAAUCGCCCGGACUACUACCUAACUGAGGGACUUCCGCUUUUGCUCACGACUGCAUUGCCCUUUGCAGUGCUUGGACUGUUGCGUGCAUUGCUCGGGCGGCACGACUAUGACAGCAAAUCCAGCAAGCCGGAGGUGCCUCCAGGCCCUGUCUUAAAGGUUCUCGCUUGGACGGUGGUAAUCGUGAUCGCCGUCUUAAGUCUGGUCUCGCACAAAGAAGUCCGUUUCAUCUACCCCCUCCUACCGAUCCUGAACAUCCUUGCGGCCGGGCCGCUUGUCUCUUUUUUCACCCCUGGGACAGCAUCUCGCAAAGCUAUCCUUGCUAUUCUUGUAUUUGUCAAUGUUAUCAUUGCGGGCUACACGACUCAAAUCCAUCAGCGCGGCGUUAUUGACGUGCUACACUAUCUUCGCCAUGAGCACGAGCAGAGCCCUCAGCAGAGAGUGAGCGUGGGUUUCCUGAUGCCAUGCCAUAGCACACCCUGGCGAAGCCAUCUCAUUUACCCUGAAAUCGAGGCGUGGGCGCUGACAUGUGAGCCGCCGAUCGGUGUGCCGCUUGCGGAACGGGAUCGAUACCUCGAUGAGGCUGAUCAGUUCUACCUGAAUCCUAUGGCGUGGAUGAAGAUGAACUUAGGGGGCAGUCAUGAGGACGACAAGCAGAACGGCUGGAGGAACCUAACUGAAGGGCAGAAGCGAGGUUGGCCCCAGUAUCUUGUCUUCUUUGACCAGCUUGAGGGUGUUGUAAAGGAGGCGACUAGAGGUCACGCUUACAAGGGGAGCUGGCGGGGGUUCAAUAGCCAUUGGCAUGACGACUGGAGAAGAAGGGGGGAUGUAGUUGUGUACAAGAAGAUCCAGGAUGCCGAAACUGUAAGAUAG